UUGAGCCCUUCCGCUCUCCGUACAGGAAUGUGGAGACUACAUUACGUCACUUAUCCUGCCAGUGGCAAGAAAGCGUCUCGUUUCGUUAGUCGCUUUUUCCUUGUAGGUUUAAAGGAGUUGUGAUCUCCUCAUGCUGUUGUCUGAUCUGCGAGUCUUGGAUGAGUGGAAGUCGUUUGAGGGAUGAAAGUUUGAAGCGGCACAUGACAGAUCUCCUGUAUGAGAAAUUUGUAGAGGGACCCGGACCUCGACGACGCUCUCGGAGAGCAGAUGGAGGAGCCAGAAAAUAACUAUAACUGUGCGGGAUGCGGGGAGAAAAUUCAAGACUCGUUUCACAUGAAAGUCCUCCAGGACACCUGGCACAAUGCCUGCUUUCAAUGCUCUGUGUGCUCUGACCACCUGACUAACUGGUACUAUGAGAAGGACGGGAAGCUGUACUGUCGGAAACACUACUGGGAGAAGUUUGGCGAGCUUUGCCACGGUUGUUCUCUCCUCAUGACUGGACCUGCAAUGGUGGCCGGAGACUACAAGUACCACCCAGAGUGUUUUGUUUGUCUGAGCUGCAAAGUGGUGAUUGAAGACACAGAUACCUACGCCUUAGUUGAGAGGUCGAAACUCUACUGUGGACAGUGCUACAAGCAGGUGGUCCUCACACCCAUGUUGGAAAAACGCUCCCAUGACUCUGUCCUAGACUCAUUGCCCCACACAGUGACCCUCAUCUCCAUGCCCUCUGCAGCCAACGGCAAGAGGGGCUUCUCUGUGUCAGUGGUGAGGGACGUCAACGGCUCAGCAAGCGUUCAGGUCAAAGAGGUUAGAGGGAUGCUUAUUAGUCCAGAGGUGCGAAAUGCCAUUCAUGUUGGAGACAGGAUCCUGGAGAUCAAUGGCCUUCCUGUUGGGACGUUGAUGGAGGAAGAGGUGGACGAUCUUAUUCACUGUACCAGUCACACGCUGCAGCUGCUGAUAGAAUAUGACCCAGUCAGACAGCGUUUAGAUCGGCUCAGACUGGGAUCACCCAGGACCCGGCUUGGAGUCCCAGCCACCUCCCGCAUGCGCCUUUCUUCGCCGUCUGAUGCGGUUCUGGAAAGAACAGAUGUGGUUGAUGACGGUACACUGAAAAGGAGGUCUUUGAGGCGCAGUAACAGCAUAUGCAAGUCUCCUGGGCCAAACUCUCCAAAAGAGUCACCUUUCAUUACAAAAGAUAUUGGGCGCUCUGAAUCCUUGAGAUCCUCCAGUAGCUGUUCUCAUCGCAUUUUCAGACCAUGUGACCUCAUACAUGGAGAGAUCUUAGGAAAAGGCUUUUUUGGACAGGCCAUCAAGGUGACUCAUAAAGCCACGGGAGAGGUGAUGGUGAUGAAGGAGCUGAUCCGUUGUGAUGAGGAGACACAGAAAACUUUCCUAAAGGAGGUCAAAGUAAUGCGAAACCUCGAUCACCCCCAUGUUUUGAAGUUUAUCGGUGUACUGUACAAGGACAAGAGGCUCAAUUUGAUUACAGAGUUUAUUGAGGGAGGCACCCUUAAGGAUUUCAUCAGAGACAUGGAUCUGUUUCCAUGGGAACAAAGGGUGAGCUUUGCAAAGAGCAUCGCCUCUGGCAUGGCCUACCUUCACUCAAUGAGCAUCAUCCACAGAGACCUCAAUUCGCACAACUGCCUGGUUAAACUGGACAACACUGUAGUCGUUGCUGACUUUGGACUGUCCAGACUGGUAGUGGAGGAGAAAAUUAAGCCUCCCCCCGAAAAACCCUCCACUAAGAAGAGAGUGUUCAGGCGCAUUGAUCGAAAGAAGCGGUACACUGUUGUGGGAAACCCUUACUGGAUGGCUCCAGAAAUGCUAAAUGGUAAACGCUACGAUGAGAAGGUGGACAUUUUCUCCUUCGGCAUUGUUCUUUGUGAGAUCAUUGGAAAAGUCUAUGCAGACCCUGAAUGCCUCCCCAGGACUCUGGAUUUUGGCCUAAAUGUUGGCAAGUUUGUGGAAAAGUUCCUCCCUGAAGACUGCCCACCAGCUUUCUUUCCGUUGGCUGUGGCCUGUUGUGACCUCACACCUGAAAACCGUCCGUGUUCCCAGAAGCUUGAGGACUGGUUUGAAGCUCUUUCCCUCAACCAGGAGCUGGGAAUCCCCCUGCCAACCGAAUUAGACGAAUUGCACCAGAGUCUGAGUAGACUCUAUUGGUCUAAAGACCCAAUCCAGGGCACCGAUCAGCCACUAACCCAAACAGCUGCCUCUCCAGACCACUCCUGCAGGACAGAAAAUGGCACCUAGGACUCUGUGCCUGUUCGCCCAGUAAUGUACUUUUUAUGAUGCUUCUUUACUGCUGCACUAAUACCGUGGAUGAGAAAAAGAGGAACGUUUGAUUUAACCCGAGCCAUUUUAGAACUGGAUAACCUGAGAUAGCUGGACCAAUCGCGCAGUGUGGGAGAAUAGCUCUGUGUGUGGCAGUGAAUUGCAAUCAGAGUGGAAAGACAUUUCAAAAUAAGUGUUAGUUACAAAUUUUUUAUUUAAUUUUGCCAAGUUGCCACUUAUCACACACAUGGUUGUUUUAAAUGUUUACAGUCUACAGAAAAAAAGGGUGCCUCUUUUCUGGCGGUCAGGCAUCAUUUUCAGGUGGAAAACUUUAAACUCUCACGUGACCACAGUCUUUGUUUUUUCUGGCUCUGAAGUUGUUUGCUGUGCAUGGAAUGCACAUGCCAGUCCUUGCCUAAAAGAGGAGGUGCUUCACCUCAGCAGUAAAGAAAACAAAAAUCGUGAGAGUUGUCAAGGCACGGUGUUGGUCAAGGUUGUUGGCACCACUGAAUCUCUUUUGCACAAUUUAGAAUUUUCUGAGGAUUAAAUGAAAUUGAGUCAAUUGUGUUUUUGUUAAUUAAUUAAACCAGAUGUAGUUGAACAAACAUACAAACAAAAAUGUACCCAAAACUCAACUAACGGCACUUAUAUUUGGUUACAAAGCCUUUAAUACCAGCUGUUACAUUACUAAGUCAUGAAGAUCCUUUAAGUUUGAGGCGUGUCAGCAUUAGCAGAUUACUGCUCUUUCUCAAGGUUUUCAGUGGAAUUUUUUUUUUAUUAUUUUACACUGGGUGACUCUUUAAUUUCAGUCAUCUUAAUCUGUGAUUUCAUCAUUUUUUUAUGGAUUCGUUUUCUCAUAAGAAACCUAAAAGCAUGAUAGAACUUGUACCAUGUUUUACUGAAGUUUGGGUUUUUUCCAGGACUGCUAACCAAAUGUUUGUAUUUUGGUUUCAUUUUAUUGUAAUUUUUUGUGAACAGCUGUCUUUUAGUUGGGUUUUCAUACCUGCAGUAGUGGUGUCCACUCUUGAUAGGACUAGGUCACCUUGAUGCUCCCUGGGUGUCUUGCUUAAUCAUUUUCCACAGUCCAAAAGUCUUGAUAACAUUUCAGAUUGCUUAAACUGGGCUUUCUGUAUCUUUUUAGUGAUUUUUUUAAACAACUCAAAAAACUCCUCAUUGUGAGAACCUUUGAUGAAACUGAAGUCUUUGAUGGAGACUGAUGUACCCAAAUUUAAAAACACAAGGAGAGCAUGAAAAACCUGCAGAGCUGAACUUUAAAAGAGAAGCAUUGUUGUAGUGAGGUAAGGGUGCCAACCACUGUUUCCACUGUCCCUCAUAUAAAACAACUUUUUUUCAGGGCAUGGUAACUUGAAAUUAAGCACGGGUGAGUCACUUUUUGUGCUUCACAAAUAUAAAAGCGUGUUUUUGGUUAACAGGAUUUUUUUUUUACCCAAUUAUUCCUAUUUCAUAAAACUAUUUGCUUUGUAUUUGUUCUGAUUUUCUAAAAACCUGCUUAAAGUUCAGGGGUGCCAAUAACACUUAGCUGUAGUGUCGGUAAAAGUCGCAGCAUGAACAGAACAGGUGCAACUUGAAGCAGCAGUUAAAGCACAACAUGGUGGAAAUGUUUUCUUUUUUUCUUCUAAGCACCACUGAUGUAAUUUCUUUUUCAAAUAUGCACCUUUUAGUCUAAUGAUUUAUUUUUCAGAAUGUAUUAUGACACUUUAUGUUAUUUUUUUUUCUUUUUUAAGUGAAACAUGACAAGAGCUCUGUAGGAAUGUUGGACUGUUGAUUGUUGUCGAACAUCUGUCAUGCGAGAGCUGACUAGCAACUUUUUCUUUUCAAGCGAUGUAUAUAAGUAUGUACAUAUGAUACCUCUAAUUGGAUUUCAUUUUUCUAAUGGGGAGUUUGUAGAUUUUUAGACAUUUCGGCAACAGUUUGCCAUCAUCAUGCAAGGUACUGAUGACUAAUUGUAACCACUUUUAUUUAUAUUACUGUAGUGUUUCAUAAUUAAACCUCUUUUUUUUUGUUUAGUUUU